CCUGUGUCCUGGUCAACUGUCAGAACUGAAUAAACCGAAUGUACUGACUGAGCUCAUGAAGAAGGCAAGAAUGUCCACGAGCCCUGCCUGCUGAUAAGCUAACGAUCUCACUGGAACCGAAAGAGAAGAUGGGCAAAUGCGAGAAUGCACAAACUGAACUGACUCCUGGUCGGAAUUCGAGAGUGAUGUUGCUGACGAUCAACCCGUGGCAAAGUCAGACAUCUGUACUCACAGAAUCUGGAUGAGUAUGGGGCCCGCGUGCGGCACAAAGGUUUGGAAUCGGAAUCGAGCAGAAAUUUGUCAAAGGCCAUCAGAAGCUUGUCCAUUAUUUCCUCGUUAAUCUCGUUGCAAAGACCUCCGUGAGUGAACUUUGCUCUGCGCAGUUGAUUGCAGAUGGUUUCAGAAGCGAGACAUAAUUCGUAUCUUCGUGCAUCAUUUGAGAGUAUGAUGAACUAUGAGAUCCACGCUUCUUUAUUUCUUGGAGCAAUUGGACCUACUGAUACUUUAUGGUGUACCGAGAAACUGUGUGCUAUGGAUCAGGAUUCAAGAUUCAAGCGCUAGAAAUCGUACCCACAGUCUGUACCAUAGCUACAGAACCUUUUUCGUCUUCAUUCAAUGGAGCUCAAGGUGAUGAAUCAGAAUUGAGGCCUUGUGAAGGAAAUUCCCGUUACGAUCCAGAUGCAUAUUGUUGUGUGCAUGGGAUUAGUUGAUAUAUGUCGAUCGACAGUUUGUCCUGACUUCUGUAUUACUUGAAUCCGACUCGUGUUUCGUGCAAAGAAUCUCUGCAUCCCAAUUUUCUUCGGCUUGAAAAUCAGCAACUGUAUCCUACGCUGCCCUAGCAGGUUUCUUGAGGCUGAAGAAAUGUGCUGCGAGGCAAAAGCAACAGUCAUAGUCACAAGAAUCUUGCAUAGGGUCACGAGGAUGUGAAGGGGCCGAGUGCUGGAUUCACCUGAAGAUAGCUUCCUCCAAGGAACGGAUUCACAAGAUUUUUUGCUUUCAUGCAAUUUGAGCAAUCUGGGGCCAAAGAGUGUAAAAGCAACUCACUCCCAGAAAAGUGAUCCUAUGUUUCUGCAGGGUCCAUCUCUGCGCCGGAAAGCAAGUUAUCCACCAAACUCCUGUAGGAUCAUCGAUGGUCGAGACUCUCGUCUACUCCGCGGCCUCGUGUAUGACAUGCCAUGGUUGCGUUUCUUUCUGUACGUUGUACCUUCUGCUCAGAAUCAGAGUACAACUGAUUCUAAGCAUCAUCGUGUGCCCAGAAUCCAGAAUCCAGUUUCGACACGACCCAUCAGCUCCCUUGCAUAGUCAACCAGCAGUGCGGUACAGUGGAGCAGCAAAGUCUGGAGCAAUAGUCGUCGACACAAGGCGUAGCAAGGAUUCACGGCAAGCAAAUACUCCGACGAGGACAAGCCACUUGUCACUAUCUUCAGUGAACCUACAGAGCUACAUUUUCCAAAAUCAGUUCCAGAGGCGUGAAUCUCAUUCGUCGGACCCUCUCUGCACUAUAAACUGUACAAUACUCUCUCUCUCUUUCUUCUGGAAGGGGAGACAGCGUCCUUCUGCAUCCUCUGCAUUGUCCGUACCCAUUCGAGCCAAAAUAUGCAGACGUACGUAUAAUAAAGUGCAGGAUUGGUGACGGGUCUGGUGAGGGCAAUAAUAAUAAGGGCAAUUUGGUACAUCAACCAGCGCCCCCCCCCCCCCCCCCCCCCCCCCAAGUGGUGACGAGAGAGAGCCAGAUGUAAACGUCAUCUGCCAAAACCUCACAGGCUGCGUCGUUAUAGCUAUCUCAUUCUGAAUUUCGUGACCAGUAUUCUGGAAGGGUACCAUCAUAGUGCAGAUGCUGUACUUUUGAGUUUCUGUGAUUGCUGGAGCUCUCUCUCUCUCUGUAUCACACUCGGAUCCUGGGGUUACUACUUUGGAAUGACAUGAAGGAUGUGCUUGGAACAAUUACGCAACGACGACAAGUGGAGAAAAAUUGGGAGGAAAAAAUAUGCAGAGAACUGUUGUGGAUGUCAAUACAGAUUCAGAAAUGAUGGUAUGGAAAGGGCGUCCAUGGGAGCACAUACUGCGCAGAGCCCAGCGUCAGCUGGGCAGCCUGAUUCGUCCUAUUCUCGAAACCGAGUGAUGAUAGCUCGCAUUCCUUUCAGUUCAGGCCCCUCGAUCUCACAAAGGGAUGCAAUGCAAUGUGCCCUCGUCUCGUCAGAUGCUUGCGGAACUCUUCGAGUUCGAGCUCCACGAGCAGAGUAGGUAGGGAGCAACUUGAACUCGACUCAGCUACCGACAAUUAUUUGAUAUGACGAGAGUAUGGCAGUCGGUCAGGCAGCAGGCUACUCGCAUCCGUCUCUAGUGCUUGCAACCUCAUCCUCACCCUCACCCUCACCCGGACACAGAAAGCUGUCGAGCUCAGAUGCGUUACACGCGAGUUCAUCGAUGUUCUGCUGGCGGACGCACGGGCCAAUAAUUUCACGCAUCUCUCAGUCGUCGGGUCAGAUGGAUGUCACAUCGUAAGCCGCACUUGAAUACGAUCAGAACAUCCAGAGAAGGCCUGAGCACUGACUUCAUGCCUUGCCUACCCACAGGCUGGCAUCGACACCUUCCUGUGAGUCAGGGCGCCUGCGCUGGACCAUAUGAGCUGUCCAAUUUCCCACUCUCCAACAAUCACCGGACACGAUUCGGAGGUCGAGUGUCUCGACACAGGCAAACAGAAAUUGUGGACCUGAAUCGAAGCGCUUUGAGAACCCACGGAGCAUGCUUCGGCUCGAUCGAGACUCGGGACGCAACGAGGGCAAUCCGUGCAGCUGACACAGAGCGCGACCCGAGCUCGGGCUCUGUGUCAGCUGGCCUACGAACGACUCUUCGUUGACGAGAUUGCGCCUUCUUGAAUCCGGGGCCACAUCCGAUAGCUCACAUGGGGAUUGGGCGAGCAGCAGCACGACUUGGCCUGACCAAACGGUCCGGCCAUGGAUGCAGCCCCCGCCACAGAGCAAGAGAUCGAGUCAACCUGCGCGCUUGAGAAGGUCCUGGCACGAACCUACCGACCGCCUUAGCGGCGCCAAGGAUCAAAGUCGCGGUGCCAAGUCUAGAUCUGGGAUCUCGAAUUGGCCGAUUCGGCGACUUUCGCCUCACCAAAAUCAUUUGUUCAUCAUGCUUGUAGCCAACGAGGGCAGCGGCUGGUCGUCGUCGAUUCCCAGACACAGUGCUCGUUGACACUUUUCUGCCAUGUGGACUGAACGUGGAGGAAUCGAGCCCAAAAGAUCACCUACUCCUCCAUAUCUCCCUCCAGCUCUCAAUAGUGAGCCCAGAUUACUGCUGCUGCUUGUGUCAGAUUUUGAUCAGAGCGCCUGAUCCAGGCCGGGGCACACCGUCAUCACUCCUACUGCGAGCGAGCUGGGCUGCAUGGACACGGCGGGCAUUAUAACCAUGACCGCACUGCACUCGCUGGCGUCCCGUGUUUCCUGCCCCAUGCGCCCUCCAAAGCGGUCGGGUGCGGGUGCAGCAGAAAGGCUAUGGCCGUCCACGGUCUAGGUCCACGGUGCGUCUGCUUUUCCAGGGUCUCGACGCGGUGGUAGCUGUGGAAAAAGCCAAGCCUGCAAAUGCAAAUGGGCCUACUCUGAGCUCUGAGCUCUGACCUGUGACCUGUGAUCUGUGAUCUGCCAAAGGGAGAAUCGAGAACCAAACAAAAAGAACGACACGCAAAAG